UUAUUAGAAAUAUUUUCUAUAGAAAUAUACAAGAUUAUUAUUAUCCCAAAUUUUAAUCUUUAUAUUUUAUACUACUAUAAUCUUUACUAGCAUAAAGAUUGUGGUAGACUCCGGCGUUGUUCGUGUGUCAAAGUUGGAGGCCGGACGCUUGAACGGUUACGUUUGCACUUUCAACGCUCUUCCUACGACUUCUUCGUUUUUACCGCUUACGGAGAAAGGUGAGAUCGAAAUUAUAAAUCCCUCACGAAUAUUAAGUCUGUUGCCUUCUGACGCCCGGCACCUAUCCGGCUAAUGUGCACUGUCAUGUACUCAGCCUCAGCAGAGCAUAGUACGGUGUAUGUUAAGCCGGUUAUGGGAACCGCCAUAGCGUGGUCGCUGUCGCACGUUGGGUUAGACUUAAAUGAGUCUCGGUCAAAUGGAUGGAUGACUCAGAGGCAGUAAGUUGGGGUCAUCAAUGACAAGUCGGAUGAUUUUACUCACUCAUCCAGCCAGGAGUUGGAUCUUUAUGAUUUAAUUGGAACUCUGUUCCUAACCAAAGUAGUCUGCUUGUAAGACGUGCCUCAGCCAAUUACAAGUAUGGUGAAAAGGUGUCCUGGUCCGGUUGUAGUAAUAUUGUUCGCCCAACACCAGACCAAGAGCUGAGAGCCCAGCUCAUCAGUUGGAACUAUGUUCCUACCUAAAUAGUUGUCUUGUGGAGUAACGCCCAAGCGGAACGCAAGAUAAUGAAAUAUGGAUCUUGGCCCACUAGAGGUUUCGCCAGAAAUCUCCGAAUCAAUAUUGAGGGUUAUUGAUUUGUUAAAAAUAGUGGGAGAUAAUUAAUUAAAGGCCUAAUUAAUUAUUAAACAUGAUAGAUAACCUAUUUUGCAAAAUUUUCUGUAGAUGGCAAACAACAACAGCCCUUUCAACCUGCGAUAUGUUCUAGAAAAGGAAAAAUUAUCUGGAACUAACUUUCUUGAUUGGGAGAUGAAUCUUAAGAUUGUUCUCGAAUGCGAGAAAAAGCUUUACGUCCUAACAUCUGAGCCUCCCAAAGCUCCUGAAGCGAACGCCCGUGCUGCAGAAAUUACUUCGUACCGGAACUAUGAAGGUGACGCACGUGAUGUGAGAUGUCUCAUGCUAGCCACCAUAACCCCGGAGCUCCAAAGGCUCCACAAGGACAUGGAAGCUCAUCCUAUGAUGACUCGCUUGAAAGGUCUAUACCAAGGCCAGGCUAGACAUGAGCGUUUCAAAAUCUCUACGACUCUGUUUUCCAUGAACUUCUACAUGAACAAACUAGAGAUGACUAUGCCUGAGCUACUGAAAUUCCUCACAACUGCUGAGGAGAGUCUAGGAAAGGGCAAGGGUAAGUCUAUCCUGAUGGUAGAGGGCAGUACUGUUGCGAAGAAGAGUGGGCCACGUUCGCCGGCCGGGACCAAACGCAAGGGUUCUAAGAAACCCAGGCCAGCGUCCAACUCCUCUUCGUUGAAACCCAAAGAAAGAGUUAAGAAGAAGUCUGCUAGAGGAAAGAGGGAAAGAAACCUCAAACCUCAGGAUCUGGAUGAACGUAGACAAUUGACGGAGGGAGAGAUACAACUAAAAGUCGGCAAUGGCGCACUCGUAAAUGCAUUAGCCGUCGGAACCUAUAGUUUAUCUCUACCGAGUGGUCUUGUAUUGCAGUUAAAUAAUUGUCUGUUUGUACCUAUAAGUUGGAGCCUAAAUCUGAUAAAAAUUUUUGUGGGAUACCCCAAGGAAACUAGAGGGUAUGAGUUCUAUCAUCCAUCCGAUAACAAAAUUUUUGUUGCUCGAAAUGGAACCUUCCUUGAGAAGGAGUUUCUUUCUGCUAUCACUAGUGGGAGAAAGGUAGACCUCGAAGAAAUUCGAGAACCACAAGAAGAAGUCCCGAUAGUGUUGGAACAUGAGCAAAGAGAUCAAGCAAUUGAACCUCAAAUUGCUCAAGAUAUACCACGUAGGUCAGACCGGAUACAUAAUCCUCCGGUCAGAUAUGGAUUUCUCAUGUCUGAUGAAGACGUGGUUGAGCGAGAACUUCUCCAUGAAAGACUUAGGGGAUGCUAGUUAUGUCCUUGGCAUAAGAAUCUACCGAGAUAGAUCAAGAAAGUUAAUAGGUCUGAAUCAAAGUACAUAUAUAGAUAAAAUCCUUGAUCGAUUUAGCAUGUCUAACUCAAAGAAAGGAUCUUUACCUAUGACACCUGGCAC